CUUGACGGAGACGCAGCGCUUUGUGCUUUCCAUGAAGAAGUCUCUUACUCUGAGAGACAGGGGGGUGGGAAUAUUUAGAGACGACACUCCAGUCGCACCGAUUUGCAUCACAAAGACAGAGAGGACAGUGGUUCCUUAGAAACACCUGCGUCCUGAGAGUCGAGCGUUUUCCCCUCCGCGCACCGAGCUGCACAUGUCGCUGUCCGCUGUGUCUGUGCUGAAAGCGCACUCGUCUCUUGCGAUAGAACGGAGCGAUUCCUCUGCCGCUCUCCCCGAACUUUGCUUCACCCACAAACCCAGCAAUGAAGGGAGAGGGUAGUGGGUGCUAUUAGAGCACCCCUAGGCUACAACUGGCUAUUCCUACUGACGGAUCUGCCCUACAUUUACCAAUGCUGCCUCAUAUCUUCUGCGGCGAUAUCCCAGAGGAAGGGGGUCUGGGUGUUGCGACUCAGUGCGGUGAAAGUGCCGGCAAAGUGCCGGCGUCCUCCCGUGAUGGAGAUUCGGACUCAGCGCUUUCCUUGGACUCCAGUGUAUUCUGUAGCGACUACUUUCCGGCACCCAAAGAUCAUUUAACCAUCAACGUCGGUGGGAGCCGAUUUAUCCUGUCCCACAAGGUCCUCUCCAACCACCCAGAGACCCGCCUAGGACGGUUAGUAUCUUCUGGAGGGCAGGAGGUAUAUGAGUUGUGUGAUGAUGCCAACCUAAUGGACAAUGAGUAUUUCUUUGACCGUAGCUCCCAAAUGUUCAAGUAUAUCAUGAACUUCUACAAGACUGGACACCUUCAUGUUAUGGAGGAACUGUGUGCUGUGUCCUUCCUACAGGAGAUCCAGUACUGGGGCAUUGAUGAGCUGAACAUAGACCUGUGCUGUAGAGAGAGGUAUUACAGGAAGAAGCUGAUGAGUGAGUCAUUGGAUAUAAAGAAGGAUGAAGAGGAGAUUGAGGCUGAAGAAGAAGACUUUUCUGGUGUGGUCUUUGAACAUUUCAGGCAAACCUUAUGGGAUAUCUUAGAGAAACCUGGGUCUUCUGUGGCUGCCAAGACCUUUGGGACUCUGUCUAUGACAUUUAUAGUCAUCUCCAUAGCCAACAUGGUGCUCAUCUCCUCUGAGAUGAACUCUAUAGACCCCCCUCUGCUCAACGCUUUGGAAUAUAUCUGCAUCACUUGGUUCACCCUGGAGUUGGCACUGAGGUUCCUCUGCGUUAAACACAAGUGCCGCUUCCUGAGGAGUGUGGUGAACAUCAUCGACAUCGUGGCAAUCUUACCCUUCUAUAUCACUCUCAUUGUGGAGAACUUGUAUGGGGAGAGCACGGAGUUGGAAAACGUAGGGAGAAUUGUGCAGAGUCUGAGGCUUCUGAGGUCCUUAAGGAUGCUGAAACUGGGAAGGCAUUCAACAGGGUUAAAGUCAUUGGGAAUGACAAUAGCUCAGUGCUACGAAGAGGUCGGCCUGUUGCUUCUCUUCCUUUCCGUGGGAAUCUCAAUAUUCUCCGCCCUGGAAUAUGCUGUGGAACACAAUAUCCCCGACACAACAUUUACUAGCGUCCCUAAUGCCUGGUGGUGGGCAACAACGUCUAUGACUACCGUGGGAUACGGAGAUAUCAGACCGGACACAACAUUUGGGAAAAUUGUGGCGUUUUUGUGCAUUUUGUCAGGAAUACUAGUACUAGCACUUCCCAUUGCAAUCAUUAAUGACCGCUUUGCGGCUUGCUACUUCACUUUGAAAAUCAAGGAAGCGGCUCUCCGGCAACGGGAAGCGUUGAAAAAACUGAUGAAGAACAUAUCAGCGGAAUCAGACACCAAUGUAAACCUGAGGGACAUCUACGCUAAAAGUGUCAUGGAAAUGCUGCGGCUAAAGAGUAGAGAGCGGGCAAGUACGAGGAGCAGCGGCGGAGAUGAAUUUUGGUGAACUCCCACUGUUUCUUAUAAGAUGAAUAUUAGGUAACACUGAUUUCAAAAUGGAAAGGGACUUUAUGAAGAGCAGGUCAUGGAGUUUUUUUUUACCACAUCAAGGUUUAUAUUUAAUUAAAUAUAUUUUUACAAAAAUACAUUUACAGUUGUUGCCUGUGAGUAUUUUAUGCAUGUUUAAUACAUGGGUGCUGGUAAAAACCUGUAAUUGCCCCAGAAGGUUUACUGGAACUUUGUUCUUUCCAAUAAAGUCUGCAAUGAGACAGGCUGCAGCUACUUUGAAGCUGUUUAGGUGCCCCAGGGUGCUAACAUAAUGUUUUGCUCCUAUAUAGUAUACACAAGGCUAUAUCUAUAUAUAGGUACCAGAGGGCCUGUGCCUAGGGUGGCAGCCUUAGGGAGACAGCCCUUGGGUGCCUAUAUUGUCAAUAAUAGAAAUAAAUAAAUUAAAACCCUCCCCAGCGACUUCCUGGCCAAAUCCGAUAGUGGAGGGGGUGAGGGUUCCCAUGGUGAUCGCUAGCACACGUGACAUCACAUGAUGGGUAACUGUACACAUGAUGUCACUUCUGCAACCUAGGGGCGUAGUUAGGCCCAGUGCCUAGGGUGGCAUCGGAUAUAAAUACAGCCAAGUGUUUCAAAGACAAUUAAAUCUGGAUUCAGCGGUGGGUGCCAAUGUGUUAGGCACCCCUCCAAGACUGUAUGUAGGCCAGUGUUGGCCUAGGCACCAAACCUUAGCCACUUUCCAUUGGUGGUCUUACAGUGUCCAUCAAAGGCAUGCAGGGGGAAGGUUAAUCCAACAGCUUUUUCAUUCAAUAUAGGCAUCCAAGGGCCACCCCCUAAAGCUUCUGACCUAGGCAUGGGUGCCUGUAUGGUACAUAUGGCCCUGUACCCUGCAGUGAAUCCUGGAGUGGUGCCGCACAGUCAUUUGACUUACCUUUCCCAGGUGUCCAUGUCACAGACUUUGGAGGGGUGGUAUCUAACAUAUUGGCACCCCACUCCCAGUGGAUACAGGUUAUCAUACCUCUCAACAAUUAAAAAAUGUAAACAGGGGCAAAAAAAAAAAGCUGUGCUUAGCGCGGAGAAAGGGUGUUGACCACACCCACUUUGUGACCACACCCCCUAAAUGCCACACCCAUUUUACAAAAUUUGGCAGGUUAUGUAAAGAUUGAACAAAUGUCUGGGACAUGGUUUGUGUGUUAUUACAGUUUUGGGAAUAAAGGUGAAAUUGCCCUUUAAGA